AUGGAUACUCAAACAGCCUAUCCCCGUGGCUACAAUCAGGAGAAUGACCCCAACAUUAUUGGGCACCACCACGGAGAAAGGGAAGUCGAGCAUCACCAUCAGAAGAAAUCAGUUUUGAAGAAGGUUAAGGCAAAGGCAAAGAAGAUAAAGGACACGAUCACGAAACAUGGGCAUGGUCACAACCAUGACCAUGAUGAUCAUGAUCAUCACUGCCAUGAGGGUCAUAUCCCUGAUGACCAUGACCUGGAUGGGGAAGACGACGAUGAAGAAGAAAUUGUUUAUGAUCCAGAAGUUCAUGGGGCAACAACGUAUGAGUCUGCCGCUGCCAGAGUAAUUGUCUCUAGACAACCAGAAGACUUGAGCCAUGCUGGAAUUACAUACGAGAGGUCUAAAGCCUUGCGCCCCGAUCCUCUAGCACCAAGAGACAGCUCUGAAACGUUUUAUUCGGGAAACGACAAGACCAAAUACAACAAUGAUCCAGCGAUGAGUUCCGUUCCUGGCCUGAAGGCGCUGGCGAUAGAACAACCAAGGGUUAACUCUGGGAAGACAACUCUUACGGUUGAAGAACCUCUAGGGCCACAAAACACACCUGUGUCUCGUACUUCUCAUCAGAGCAAAGAUGCUAAUCCAACUAAAACAUUUCUUUAUGGGCAAGAGGAAUAUCCUGGGCAACCCAAAGUUAAUUUGCAAAGACCAAAAGGGUUGGAGGAUGACCCUGCUGCUCCGGAGGGCACUCCUGAUGCUUAUACUACUACAAAUUAUCAGACCAAAGUCACAGAUCCAACUGGAAAAGAUGGAGAAGCAACAGGGAUAACUCCAAUUCUUCAUUCCUUAGAUAAAAUGAAAAUCUAUGAUGAGCAAAAUACAGGAAGAGAGCAGAACUUACCACCUGGAACUCAUCAUAGGUCAUCAGAACUAACCUUCCCUAAGGGAAGCCAUGAUCAAUUCUCUCCUGAACCAACUCCUGCAAUACCCAUCAAAACCCCGGAAAAAUCCCCACUAUUCUCAGAGACCAUGGAGACCCCAAAACCUGAAGAGCACGUAAAUAACAUCCCACCUGAUAAACCGUCAAACCUGAGCAGUUACACUGAGAAAAUAUCAUCUGCCACCUCUGCUAUUGCAGACAAAGCAGAGUCGGCCAAAAACAUUGUAGCUUCAAAGCUUGCAUAUGGUGAAAAAGAUCAAACACUUGCAAAUGAAUCGCAUGAAGGUCAAGGCGCAACCAAGCGAGCAUCAGCAUUCUCUCACUUGUCCUCUACUCUUACACCUGCAAAACCCCUGGGGAAAGACUUUAACCAGCUCGAAUAUUUUCCUAUAAUAUUCCGGGCCACCGGCUUCAUCCCAGCUUAA